AUGCAGAGUUUGUGGUCCCGUGCCGGCCGGUCGCAGUCGUCCUGUCGUUGCGUUUCGUGCUUAAGCACGACCGCCAACGGAGUUGCUUCGCGAUCGGCAGGCGCUGCCAGCAAGAAACGCCUUCGCAUAGGCAAUUCAGUCACCGCGCUGUACACGAGCAUAUUCGCCGCCGCCGCCCUAGCCGAUGCGAGAGCCAAGACUCAACGACGGAAUGACUGGGAGGAAAAGAUUGCCGCGGUCAAGGCCGAGGUAGACGUCUUGGUGGAUGAAGAACAACGCAUUCUUGAGUCUCUCCAAAAUCGACGGAAAUCACGAGGGGUUCAUCGAUUGUUACAUACUAGGGGAUUGGUCACAACCUCGAACUUUACAUCCGCACCGAGGCAACGAGCGACCUUGGCCCGGCCCACAAGGUCCUAUCAUACCACCAAGAGCGGCCUCGCCAAUGCUACCGCCGCGGAGAUUCAGGACAAAUUGCUGGAGGAGAUGGACGUCUUCGACCCGGAAGAGGAGGAUCUGGUUCUGGAACAGCAACCAUUACCCAAUUGGGUUUUGAAAGAGCCACUCCGGAUGAAGGCUAUUCAGAAACUAGCCUUGAAGCAAUUUGCGAUUCGCCUUUUGCUUAGGCCAGCCGUCGCACACCGAUACUCUGGAGUCAAAAUGAACUACGCCCCAGAUUUUGAGGUCCCAAAAAUCAACGUCGACAGACUUCUAGACGAGUUGAACAGCAUCCGCGGUCGCAUGAAACAUUUACGAGAGGACAAAAAUGCCCAUUACGAAGAUUUGACACAGGGGCUCACCAAGAAAAUGUCGGACCAAGGUCAACGGGAUAAGGCCUCGAGAUUUCGUGAGCGGCUAGAUGCCGAGCUUGAUCAGGAUAUUCAUCUAUACAUGUGCCAGGAGAUGUCCCUUCAAGAGCUGCUGCUACGCAUAUCUCAAAAUCUCAUGGUUUCCAAGGAGCCUGAUCGCACAGCCGCAUUCCGAGCCAUUCUCAUUGCUUUCACUCGUACCCGACAGAAUGAUCUAUGCGACAUGGCCUUGAAAAUGCUCAUUCCGAACCAAUUUUAUCUCAGCACAUCGCUGGUCAUCACAAUACUGGCUUUCUUCCGCAAGUCUAAGAAUCUCAAAGACUUUGACUUGUUCCUCCAGAUGCUCAGUGGAGAAGGAUAUGCUAUUAACAUUGGAUUCCUUGGCUACUACCGAACUAUGAAGAUCAAUGGAGUUGAUAUUGUUGUCCCACCAAUGGACAGCAAUAACCCCGUCCUAUAUACCGAGCUGAUCGCAGCAUCUUUACGGUUCGACCAGCCGGACAGGGCGGACGCCUAUCUUCAGGCAGCGCGCAGGGCUGGUUUCUUCGAUAACUAUCACACUCUCGCAGUUUACCUCCGAUUUUACAGCAUCAGACAGGAUUGGGAAAAAGGCUCGUCUGCGCUGAAGAGAGCCAUCACCUACCUCGUAUCGUCAACGGAUCCAACAGAAAGCUACGUCCCGCGGCUCCUUGUACGGAUGGUCCAACUAUGCGAUUCAUGCAACCGAAAGGACGUCUCGCAAGCUUUAAUUGACGCUGCUGUACACAGCGGCUUUGACCCAAACAUCCCGUUGGAACAAGAUGAGCUCACCCCCAUCUACGACCUUGAGGGCAACCGGUGGAAAGAGGCGGCUAACAUAUUUGGUGAAUACUUGAGCAGGCUCGAGACAUCAGAGAGUGCUAGUAAAAGCCAGCAAUUCGAUCAGUUCUCUGCUCAAUAUGCGCAUCAUUCUAUGAUCGCCUCACUUGCCAACGUAUCAGGACAGACCAGGUACACAAGAACGAUGUCCAGCUCAUCGCCAAUCUUACAGCCAGAGGUUGAUCUCUCAGAAAAGACGCAACCGCAAAACCAACAGUCGGAAGAGCUUGCAUCGAUGAAGAUUGAACUAGCCCAGCUUCGACAGCUGGUCUUUCAAAUGCGCGAACAUCACAUUGAAUCAUCAUUCAAGGAUGAUGACACUUUCCACGAAGACCAUGUCAAACCGAGUCUACAGAACAUUCAGACGCCCCCUGCACCCGCCAACGAUACCGAGGACCCGCACAUGAGCAUCAAAUUCGAGCGGAAAUCCACACCCACUGAGGAGAAAGGACCCCCAUUGUCCGGGAAAAGGAGGCGCGCAGUUUCAAAGUCAAUAAACUGA